AUGAACUGGAACAGGGGCAAGGCCGUAACCGCAGCUCUCGUGCUGCUCGCCACCACCGCUCUGGGCGCUGGCGCGGCAAGGGCCGAAAUGCUCGAUCUUGAAAAGGACGAGCUGACUUUCGGCUUCAUCAAGCUCACCGACAUGGCACCGCUCGCGGUCGCCUAUGAGAAUGGCUAUUUCUGGGACGAAGGAUUGUUUGUCACCCUUGAGGCGCAGGCCAAUUGGAAAGUGCUGCUCGAUGGCGUCAUCACCGGCGAUCUCGACGGGGCGCACAUGCUUGCCGGCCAGCCGCUGGCCGCAACCAUCGGCUAUGGAACCCCUGCCCACAUUGUAACUCCGUUUUCGAUGGAUCUGAACGGCAACGGCAUCACCGUCUCCAACCAGGUCUGGGAGCUGAUGAAACCCCACCUUGAAAUGGACGCCAAUGGGCGGCCCGUGCAUCCGAUUUCGGCUGCCGCACUUGGGCCCGUCAUCGAGGAAUAUGAGUUAUCGGGCCGUCCCUUCAACAUGGGCAUGGUGUUUCCGGUUUCCACCCACAAUUACGAAUUGCGCUACUGGCUCGCCGCCGGCGGCAUCAAUCCCGGCUAUUAUUCACCCGACGACAUCUCAGGCACAAUUUCGGCCGAUGCCUAUCUCUCGGUCACUCCUCCUCCGCAGAUGCCCGCGACGCUCGAAGCGGGCACCAUCGACGGAUAUGCGGUGGGCGAGCCCUGGAACCAGGCCGCGGUGUUCAAGGAGAUCGGCGUACCGGUCAUCACCGACUACGAAAUCUGGAAGAACAACCCUGAAAAGGUGUUCGGCAUCACUGCCGAAUUUGCCAAGCAGAAUCCCAACACCACGAUCGCCAUCACCAAGGCGUUGAUCCGCGCCGCCCAAUGGCUCGACGAGAACGAUAACGCCAACCGUGCCGAAGCUGUCGAAAUUCUCUCGCGCUCCGAAUAUGUCGGCGCGGACGCUGAAGUCAUUGCGGCUUCGAUGACGGGCACAUUCGAAUAUGAACGCGGCGACGUGCGCGAAAUCCCCGAUUUCAAUGUCUUUUACCGCUAUUACGCGACCUAUCCCUACUAUUCGGACGCGAUCUGGUAUCUCACCCAGAUGCGGCGCUGGGGACAGAUUGCCGACGAUAAGCCCGACGAUUGGUACGCCGAAAUCGCCGAGUCCGUCUAUCGCCCCGACAUCUACCUCGAAGCGGCCCGCCUGCUUGUCGAGGAAGGGCUGAUCGCGGAGGCCGACAUCCCCUGGGAUACCGACGGUUACAGGGCGCCGACCGAUGAGUUCAUCGACGGCAUUACCUAUGACGGCACCCAGCCCAACGCCUAUCUCGAGGCCCUCGAAAUCGGUCUCAAGUCCGGCGACCGGGUCGAAGGCUCAAGCGUCGUGCCGGGCGCAAACUAG